AUGUCGAGCAGCAAGAUCCAGCAAUGGUUCCCGUGGACUGAAGCGCCCGUGAUUGUCAAUGCGCCGAUGGCUGGCGCCGUCAGCCCGGAACUUGCCGCCGAGGUGUCCAAGGCGGGCGGACUCGGUAUGUGCCUCCUCGGGUGCAUCGCAGACGUCAGCGAAAACUCGCCCCAAGUAACCAAGCUCGACGCGGACCUCACCAAGAUCCGCCAGCUGCUCGGCGGCGGCGACGACGACUCCGCCGACUCGACGACGACGACAACGCCCUCGGGCCGCCUCCGCGUCGGCGCGGGCUUCCUGACGUGCCACCCGAGCAUCGGCAGCUUCGCGGCCACGGCGCUGCCCGUGAUCCGCAGGCACAGGCCGGCCGCGGUGUGGCUCUUUGCGCCGCACGAGCACAUCCGGCCGCAGGGGGAGAUUGUGCGGCUGCUCAAGGGGCUGGGGAAAGAUGAUGAGGAGGGAGUGACGGCGCCCAAGGUGUUUGUGCAGGUGGGCAACGUGGCGGCCGCGAGGGAGGCCCUCGAGGACGGGGCGGACGCGGUGGUCUGCCAGGGGACGGACGCGGGAGGGCAUCAGUACCGGAGGGGGAUGGGGGUGGUGCCGCUGUUGGCGGAGACGAGGAGGCUGGUUGAUGAGGGGGGUUGUUAUGGUGGUGAUGAGGGCGUUUGUGUGCUUGCGGCGGGGGGCAUUGCGGAUGGGAAGAGUGUGGCGGCUAUGUUGACGCUCGAAGCGGAUGCCGUGGUCAUGGGCACAAGAUUCACCGUCGCCAAGGAGAGCAUCGUCCCCGACUUCCGCAAGCAAAUCAUCCUCGAGGCCUCCGACGGCGCCCUCUCGACGCUCAAGUCGCCCUUCAACGACCAGAUCGCCGGCUCGGCCCUCUGGGGCUCGCUCUACGACGGGAGGGCCGUCGUGGGGCCCAUCCAUGAGAAGUUCCUGGCGGGAGCCUCUCUGGACGAGUGCUGGAGGGAGUUGCACGAGGAUCACUCGCCUGAGGAGGCGACGAGGCUGAUUAAUACCUGGGCGGGCGCGGCGAUUGGCAUGGUGAGAAAGGAGCAGCCUGCGGGUGAGAUCGUGCGUGAGGUACGAGAGGAGGCGAGGCAGGCUAUUCGUAAGGUUGCGGCGCGUGUUUAG